AAUUUCUGAUCCUUUCCUAGUAUAUACUCCAUUGCCAAUUUGCCAUAAUCUUACACAACACACACACACACACACAAUCUUAAUUUAUCAAUCAUCUUGUUUGCUUAAUGGAAUUGGGCAGCAUUCUCCAGUUCUUGGAACACAGGUCCAUUCUUGUCACUGGAGCCACUGGCUUUCUAGCAAAGAUUUUCACUGAGAAGAUAUUGAGAGUGCAACCAAAUGUCAAGAAACUCUAUCUUCUGUUGAGGGCUUCAGACACAAACUCAGCCAUGCUACGUUUCAAUAACGAGAUUAUGGGAAAAGAGUUAUUCAAUGUUUUGAAAGAGAAAAAUGGGGCAAAUUUGAGUACUCUAAUCGAAGAAAAGGUUAGAGUUGUAGCGGGAGAUAUUACAUUUGAGAAUUUGGGAGUGAAGGAUUUGUCUUUGUUGGAGGAAAUGUUGACUGAAAUUGAUGUUGUGGUUAAUCUAGCUGCAAACACCAAUUUUGAUGAAAGAUAUGAUGUGUCACUUGGACUCAACACUCAUGGAGCCAUACAUGUCUUGAACUUCUCCAAAAAAAUGAAAAAAUUGAAGAUUAUGGUACAUGUAUCAACCGCUUAUGUGUCCGGUGAACGAGAGGGACUGAUAAUGGAAAACCCUUGUGUAAUGGGAGAGACACUCAAUGGAACACAUGGACUUGACAUUGAUGUAGAGACGAAAUUGAUAGAGGAAACACUAAAACAGCUUGAUAAUUUUGAUGAAGACUCCAUCAAAUCAGCUAUGAUAGACUUAGGGCUUCAAAGAUCAAGGAAGUUUGGAUGGCCAAACACUUAUGUAUUCACCAAAGCUAUGGGAGAGAUGUUGUUGGGACAGUUGAAAGGAAACACACCUCUUGUAAUAAUUCGUCCCACAAUUGUCACUAGUACAUUCAAAGAGCCUUUCCCGGGUUGGAUCGAAGGUGUCAGGACUAUUGACAGCUUAGCUGUGGGAUAUGGAAAAGGAAAAAUCACUUGUUUUCUUGGAGACCCCACAAUUGUUGUUGAUGUGGUUCCAGCGGACAUGGUGGUGAACGCGAUCAUCGUGGCUAUGGUGGCUCAUGCCGGUCAAGCCAACGAGAACAUCUACCACAUUGGAUCAUCGGUGUCGAACCCAGUGUUAUACGCCUGGCUGCAGAGCUAUGGUCAACGCCACUUCACCUUGCAUCCAUGGAUUGACAGAAAUGGUAGCCCUGUCUUUGUUGGAAAGGUCACUAUUUUCAACACCAUGAAGAGUUUCCAAAGAUACAUGACCCUUCGUUAUUUACUUCCUUUGAAGGGGCUGCAAAUUCUGAACACGGUUUGUUGCCAUUAUUUCCAGAAGACGUACCUAGAGCAAUGCAGAAAGAUCAAGUUCGUGUUGCGAUUGAUCGACCUUUAUGCGCCCUACUUGUUCUUCAAAGCAUUCUACGAUGACAUGAACACGGAGAAACUCCGAAGAGCAACAGACAAGAGUGGUGUAGAGACGGAGAUGUUCUAUUUCGACCCAAAAAUCAUAAAUUGGGAUGAUUAUUUCAUGAACACUCACAUUCCAGGAAUAGUGCAACGAGUAUUCAGAAACUGAACGAUAAUAAUUGAAAUUGUGAUAAACAAAUUAUCUAUUUAUUCAUCCAUUACUUGUAUUGAAUCCAUCAUGCAUUUUACUUCAGAGUGUAGCAAUUUACAUAGUGUGUUAUUGAAAACCCAAUUAGUCUUUUUUGGGUCUAUUUUUAUUAUGUACGUGUGUAAGUAUUUGGGCUUUUAUAUUUGUUCCUAAUUGAAAUACAGUUUGUAUGAAA